CCCCAAUCAAUCUAUCCAUUUCUUUUCUGGGCUCGCCAUUGUGUAAUAAUGCAUUCUGGAAGACACACUUACAAACUCUCCCCCUGCUGGUGAAGGAGGGGAGUUAAAACCACGGGACACCGCCCUCGUUCAACCUCCGUUCGGGAUGGGCGGACCAGCAGGCGCUCUCCUCGGAGGCUUCGGCACCACCACCUCCUCUCUGGAGGUCGGAGGCCGGAUGUCCUGGCCGAGCAACAACCCUCUGGACCUCAACCAAACCCUGCCGUGGGGGAGCGUCGGACUCGGAGUCGGCGGCGGUGCGGCGGCCAUGAGUGCAGGAGUGGACAAUUUCACCCAGGAGUCCGUCGCCAGGGCCGUGAUCAAGGACAAGAACUGGCCGGCGCUGCUCAUACUCGUCAUCAUCGCGCUGACGAUCGGCGGCAACAUCCUGGUGAUCCUGGCGGUGUCGCUGGAGAAGAAGCUGCAAAACGCCACCAACUUCUUCCUGAGGUCGCUGGCGGUGGCCGACAUGCUGGUGGGCAUCCUGGUGAUGCCAAUCUCCCUCAUCAACAUCCUCUAUGACUACGCCUGGCCCCUGCCCAGCGCCCUGUGUCCCAUCUGGAUCUACCUGGACGUGCUGUUCUCCACCGCCUCCAUCAUGCACCUCUGCGCCAUCUCGCUGGACCGAUACGUCGCCAUCCGCAACCCCAUCGAGCACAGCCGCUUCAACUCCAGAACCAAAGCCAUGAUGAAGAUCGCCGCCGUCUGGACCAUAUCUAUAGGUGUGUCCAUGCCUAUCCCCGUCAUCGGCCUCCACAACGAGGACAAGGUCUUCGUCAACGGCAGCUGCGUCCUCAACGAGGAGCGCUUCAUGCUGAUUGGCUCCUUCGUGGCCUUCUUCAUCCCACUGGUCAUAAUGGUGGUGACGUACUGCCUCACCAUUCAGGUGCUCCAGAGGCAGGCCACUGUCUUCCUAUACGAGGCCAAGGCUUCCUCCCAGCAGCCUUUGCACACGCCAGCAAUGACCCACACAUUGCAGCCUCCGUCCAGCACCUUCCACCUUCCUCAGAUCAACACAACUGCACCGCCAGACUCACAAGAUGUGAAGUCCCCGCCCCCUCCGAGCAGACGAAACACCCUGAGCUGUCUGAAAGGAGCCGAGCCCAGCAUCCUGCUCAGCACCUCCAAGUCAGACAGCAUCAGCAUCAUUCCCAGCUCCGAGGUGGCGUCGCAGCUCAGCUCGCCAGCCGCCGGGCCGGGGCGGAGCGACACGUCGGGUAGCCACGGGCGACGGGGGAUGAUGCAGGCCAUAAAGAACGAGAGAAGAGCCUCCAAGGUCCUGGGAAUCGUCUUCUUCCUCUUCCUCAUCAUGUGGUGUCCCUUCUUCAUCACCAACGUUACCUCCGUCCUGUGCGGCGGCUCCUGCAACGAGUCGCUGCUCCACGACCUCCUCAACGUCUUCGUGUGGGUGGGGUACAUCUCCUCCGGGGUCAACCCCCUGGUCUACACCCUCUUCAAUAAGACCUACAGGAGAGCGUUCUCCAGCUACAUCAGGUGUCAGUACAAAGUGGGGCCCGCUGCCGGACAGAGUUGCAAAACCCUCCUGGUCCCGCCGCCGUGUCCCUCGCACGCCGUGACCCCGCUGCUCAUGGGCAGCCACGGGAAAGCGGGCGUGGACCGCAACAGUAACUGUCGCAACGGCAGCAGGGGGGACAACGGGAGGCUGGCGGUGGACCCGGAGGACACGACGGACGACGAGACGCAAAUUGGAAUCGUGUCGCACAGCCUCUCGGAAUGCUUCAACGUGGGCGUGCUGUCGGAGACGGAGACGGAGCUGUCGCUGGUCAGCUACAAUCCUGCGUCCACGGAACUCACAAGCAGCGUGUGACUGUGCACGCCGCGUCGUUUCAUGUCUUCUUCGUGACGCUGGAGCGAGCAGCGUUUCAUCGGCGGCCUGCAGCCUUCACCAGGGCCUCGAUCCUGCAGGAGGGACUCUUAUUGUGAAAGCCUGGAACGAGGAGCCUUACCCCCACACAGAGGUGCAGCACUCACAUCAGUGUGUAGGGAAUCGAACCUGAAACUGUGGGAUUUCCACCAGUGUACUGGAACGAACCUUCCAGACGUUGUAGUUUUUUUAUUUGUUGCCAAAAUGUUGGUUUUCACACCACGAACAGACGAUGGAGGCGUCAUCGGUCACUUCAUGGGGUCGAAGGCGGAGAUCCAGAGUCACAGAGUCAAGCACCGACCGCUGAGGUCACCGGGGUCGAACUGCGACUUCACGCCUUCCCACAGUCUAAAUGCAGUCUGAGCUCCGCUGAGCGAACUUAACCAAAUCUAUUUUUGUGCCGGUCGGGCUCGACGCCAGCAGUCGUAACAAAUGUGUCUGAAUGAAACCUCUCCAGCAUGAAUCAUCUCCCAGACACACGAGCUUCACUCUGAAGGAGGAAACUUUCUCAAAGAUGACGGAAUGUACAAGGUGGACUCACAGUGCCACCUGGUGGCGGUGGCGUGACACUGCAGAACAAGGGGCCGAAGGAGCUGCAAACCCGGCGCAGACACUCAGGCUCCGGCUUCUCGUUCCAAACCAGAAUCCACAGUUUGUUCAUGUUGUUAUUUUAACUCAGUAAAGUUUGGAAUCAAAAGAUCGUAGGGCACAAAUGUUCCUUUCAUCAUUUAAAGGGACUAAAUAUAAGGAUUUUAUGAUUAUUAUAACCGAUAAGUCAUUAAUUUCAGAGUUGCCUUCAUGAAAUCACACAAACCUUUAUUUCACCAACAUUGUUUCAAUAAGCAAACACACAAAUUAAUACAAGAUGAGCAAAUAACAUCAGAAAAGCCAAAGACGUAAAGAUUUUGCAAAAACACGGGGAUGCAAUAAUAUCACAACUAUCUUUCAAUACAGAAAACCUUUAUUUAUAUACGCACAUUUACAAAGAUAUGGAGAAAAAGAACAGAGACAGAAAAAAGACGAGAAAAACAACUUUCAAGAUUAUCAAUAAAUGUGUUGCAGUGAUGUCAGUUAUUAAAGUUUAAAUAAUUUGAAAUAUGAACAGAUCACAUAUCAGAAUCUCGGCUGUUUGGGAUUCAAGGCGUCUGCGAAGGACUCGAAGUUCUCUCUCGUUCACUUUUACUUUUGGAAGCGUUUACAUCAAGGUCAGACUUCAGAUAAAUCUUUUCCCUCUCAGAUAAAAUCCCUCAGCCGCGUGAUUUUCUGUCUCCGGGGGUCAAAAUGUCUCCAGACAAAACUACAGUGACGCCCUCAGAGGGGAAAUGACAGUUUGUGCAUAUUCAUCAGUGAUUCUAGAGGAUCUCAGAGACCCUGAGCCCGACGGUCAGGACGUCCCCCGAGACGAACACGUACCUUUAGAUCUCGUCUUAGAUCUGUCGACAGGAAGUCGAUACGCUAAGAGACAAACCUCUGACUCCAUCAGGAACGUUUUAUCUACACGUCCGACACAGACGGGAGUAAUUCCUCCUCCGCACGUCUCCGUCAGCUGAAGACCUGCCACCUCACAGCCACGUUUAACUGUUGAGGGAAUAGAUUUAAGAUAUUCGCAUAUUUAGGUUUAUUAGCAGCAACAAAUUGGCCUCAAAGGGGGAAAAUACAUGAAAAUGUAUGUUUUUAGCAUUUGAUUAAUAAGGAUAAGCAGUAAAGAUACUAGAUGGAUGGAUAAUAAUAAUAAUAAUAAAACUGGAUGUGUUUGCAUUUAGGAGGCAGGGGAUUUAAUUUGAUUCUGUUUAGUUGCAUUAUGGGAAAAGAUCUUUCCUGGAGUCUGAACGUCCAAAAGAUUAUUCUUUAUUCUUUUCUACUUUAAGUUCAAAUUAAAGAAGGUGCAAUAUGUUCAUAUUAUAUUUUUACAGCAUCACAGAGUCUUCCCCACAACUGAGAACUGAUCCAAGUCGGUGUUACUCCCCCAGAAUAAACAAUACUGAUAUCAUCACGUGGCCCCUCCCUCAGGUCAAGGUCAAAGUUCAAAUCCUCCCCUGGACCAAACGGAAGCGAAGCCUGACGUCUGCGGCCGCGUCGGAACCAGGAUGAAACCCGGGGAGCGGCUUCAUCCUGGUUCUGAGCUCCUCUGGACAAUGGACCCGCUCUGUGCCACAGACCGACCCCGGGGUCGUCACCACUCCUCUCUCCACACGGAGACUUCUACAUGAGCUAACGUUGGCGAGCCGGUACCGAGCUUCGGCCUGCAUCAUGCAUGUUCGACGUGUCCGUUCAAAAGGUCCUCUCUGCCUCACCCCCUCGUUUGUUCUCUCUUUUCAUGACUGAAACCGUCCUGAAAGGAAAGAGAGAACAAACGACAACAGCAUGCGGCUCCUGCAGCCAUUUCAUCUUAAAAUGCAAAAACAACAACAACAACACAACAUGAGGGAACCCGGAGAAGAGAGGACUCUCUGAACUGAGAUGGACGGGUCAGGUCUGAUCCUCGGAGGUGUGAGCGAGCAAAGAGCGACAGGCCGGCCAACUCCGUAUGUUGCAAUGUAAUAACUAUAUGUUCCCUGUGUACCUGUGUGUGUAGCGGGCCUGGAUCCAAUUACUGCCUCAGAUUGAUUCAGAGUCUUUUCACCGAUCGAGGACGAAUCGCUCUGAGAGAGAAUCUGAGAAGGUUUCAGCUGAUAACUGGAUCCAGGUCUGGUGUGUAUAGACAUAUUAGGAGACGCUUAUUGACAAAGUUUCACUCUGACACGUUCGAUGAGACCUGGGAAACCUGAGCACGACGUUAAACAUGGCUUCUCCCUUUUCCCUUUCUCCCAAGAACGUCCAGAACCACGAUGAUCUGCAGUUCAACAAGAAGUAAAAGUCUAAAUCUGAAUCCAGCAAAGUCUCUAUAAAACAACGAGGCACCGUCGGGUUGUAAGUUUGGGAAGAAAAUCAAACAUCUGUCAAAACCAGUUAAAAAUCAGGCAGAUGUUUAAAUCAAUUAUUUAAAAACCAGUGUCUCCAGGACGCUCCUGAGCCUCGAGGCCCAGACGGCAGCAGCCUGGUCUCCCUGAGUUACCAGCCUCGACUUAGCAGUCGGUUGGAAACUCUUGAAUCUCAGCUUGGCGCGUUCGGAGUUAGAAGCUCCGUGCUGCACUUUCAAAAGCUAUUAAAAAGAAUCUCGAACUCAAUCCUGAAUUUAUCUGGCAGCCGACGAAAGGAUUCAAUAAAAAUGACACCGGAAAAGAUCCUGUGAAACUGUGAAACUCUGUCAGUGAGCGUCUCUGUCAGAUAACCAGAGCUGCAGUUGUCCCAGAGUUUGACGAACCUGACGUCUCCUCUGCACCGUCCCUGAACCCGGAACGCCAGCCCCCCCCCGCUUGGCGUCGGUUCGUCUCACUCUUGAACGACUUGACACUCGUGGUUUAGCUUUAUCUUUCCUUUACGUGUUGAACCCUCUUCUGUUCUGCAGUGGCUGUUUUUUUUUUUAUACCAUUUUAAUUGUGAAUGUUUGUCUAAAAACACACGUUGAGUUUCUACAGCGAACAUCAUCCACACAAUGUAUAUUUUCUUUUUUUUUUUUUCUGUGUGAUGCUGCUAUUUAUUUAUUAAAAUAUUACUCUGACGUGUGGACAAUCGACUUAUUGCCACAUCGACCACAGUUCAUCACAUUAAGCAGGUUUUCACCAUCGUCUUGUUUUAUUUAGAUCUCGAUGUUGGAGCUGAUUCUUCUUCACGUCUUCCUCUGGACCAACACGUCGUGGAUCAGUCGUAAGACAUAUGAAAAUGGUUUUAUUGUGAAGAAACCAAAACCUUCAAUAGACCAGUUCUAGGAUUUUAAAGUUGAGUCUUUCAGAGCCAGUGAGGUGAUCUGAGAAGUGAAGGUUCAUGCUCAGCUCUGGUUGGUUCGUGACGCUGCCUCAGACAAACCUGUAAAGAUUAAAUCUGACUAAUUCAGCCUGGCAGAGAUUUAAAUAUAUAAAUAUAUAUAUACGUUUAUCUAAAUCUGAGUUUUAAGAUCACAUGUGUGAUAUUUCUGAGGUUGUAGAAGGAGGAAAUGUUGUGGAAUAUA